AUGGCGCUUGCAACCAACGCCGCGAACGCUGCUCUGACUGCAGGAGCUGAUUCGAUUUCCGCUCUCUCGCAACGCUCGGUUGCUCCAGCGACAGCUCAGCAGCUUGCCUUCGCGUCGUCCGCCACAUUCGGAGCCACGAAAUCCACCCGUGUCAAUGCCACGUCAGCUAACCGCGUGCAGCACCAGACCAGGACGAACCAGCCCGGAAACCUCCGGUGCAAGGAUUACCCGAAGCCGGAUUUCGACUCCGAGCCGCAGCGGGAGGCUCAGCAACUCUCAGCCUCUUUUAAGAACCUUCCGCGGCCCGAGAAGCCGUUGAAAGUUGCAAUCAUCGGCGCCGGAUUGGCCGGGUUGAGCGCGGCGAAGUACCUGGUGGAUGCGGGGCACAUCCCCACCGUCUACGAGGCGCGCGACGUGCUUGGCGGGAAGGUUGCCGCGUGGCAGGAUGAGGAGGGCGACUGGUACGAGACCGGUCUCCACAUUUUCUUCGGAGCCUACCCGAACAUGAUGGAGCUAUUCAAGGAGCUGGACAUUGAAGACCGGCUGCAAUGGAAGGAGCACUCGAUGAUCUUCGCCAUGCCCGACAAGCCUGGGGAAUUCUCCCGCUUCGACUUCCCCGACAUCCCCGCGCCCGCCAACGGCGUCGUCGCCAUCCUCCGCAACAACGACAUGCUGACGUGGCCGGAGAAGGUUCUUUUCGGCAUCGGUCUUCUUCCCGCCAUGAUCCAGGGGCAAUCGUACGUGGAGAAGCAGGACGGGCUGUCGAUCUCGGACUGGAUGCGCAAGCAGGGCGUGCCGGAGCGCGUGAACGAGGAGGUGUUCAUCGCCAUGGCCAAGGCGCUCAACUUCAUCGACCCCUGGGAAAUCUCCUCCACCGUCAUCCUCACCGCCAUGAACCGCUUCCUCCAGGAGAGGCACGGGUCGAAGAUGGCGUUCCUGGACGGCCCGCCCACGACGCGCCUGUGCGAGCCCAUGGUGGAGCACAUUACCAAGGGCGGCGGACAGGUGCUGCUGGAGAAGCGGCUGCAGAGCAUCGAGCUGAACGAGGACAAUUCAGUCAAGUGCCUCAAGUUCCAGGGCGGGGAGACCGUCACGGCCGACCUCUACGUCUCCGCCAUGCCCGUCGACCCCCUCAAGCUGCUCCUCCCGCCCGCCUGGAAAGCCGACCCCUUCUUCCAGAAGCUCGACGGGCUGGAGGGCGUGCCAGUCAUCAACGUCCACCUCUGGUUCGACCGGAAGCUGAAAACCGUCGAUCAUCUGCUGUUCUCGCGCUCGAAGCUGCUCUCUGUGUAUGCAGAUAUGUCGGUGACUUGCAAGGGGUAUGCGGAUGAGAACGCGAGCAUGCUGGAGCUGGUGUUUGCGCCGGCGAAAGAGUGGAUUGGGAGGAGCGAUGAGGAUAUAGUGCAUGCGACGAUGGUGGAGUUGGAGCGGUUGUUCCCCACGGAGGUGCGUGCGGAUGGGAGCAAGGCGAAGCUGAGGAAGAGCAUUGUGGUGAAGACGCCCCGGUCGGUGUACAAGGCGGUUACCGGCCGCCAGGCGUACCGGCCUGGACAGACGACACCGAUCUCCAACUUCUACCUCGCUGGCUGCUUCACCAUGCAGAGGUACCUGGCAUCAAUGGAGGGGGCGGUGCUGUCGGGCAAGCAGUGUGCGGAGCAGAUCGCCACGCGGGGGGCGGGGCGCACGCCGAACACGGGCAUUUCAGUGCAGGACUUCCUGCAGAGGCAACCAGAGAUGGUUACUGACCGUCCCGCACCGUCCAGCACGUCGCCGCCCCCUGCCAGCGUCGCUCGUACCGCCUCCCCGUCUCCAACGAUGUCUCUCGUGGCGGCGAUUCUGCCUGCGACCAACCAUCACGUCGCCGUCACUCGUCAGAGUCGCUCCUACCGCCUCCCUGUCUCCAAUGAUGAUGCCUCUCGCGGCGUUUCUGCCUGCGACCAAUCAUCCCGCCCUCGGGCCGCGCUCGCAGCGAUGCUCCAGGGCGGCUCGGACGGUGCAUCUGCAGCAGCCGCGUUGCUCCAUGGUGGACCAGGGCCACCGACUCUCCCUUCAACACCUCCAUCCAUCCUCCCGCCUCUAACUCCCUCCACGUCAUCAUCAGCGCUUCCAGCCACGUCAGCAGCACAGUCUUUACAAGGGUCAGGGGGGGACGCAGCAGGAGGGGGUGGGGGUGUGGGAGCAGGAGGAGGGGGGAUCGGGGAGAUUGCAGCAGGGACAGCAGUCAAUACACAAGCGUCUCUGCCCCCCUCUCCUGCUUCAACCAAUCAGCAGCUUGUAUCCUCCGCUCCCUCAUCAUUUGCGCCUGUUACAGCAGCUGAUGUCCCCUCGUCUCAACUGCAGCCCAGUACUCUUCCCACCCUCCCCACCGGCCCAAAUCCCCUCCCUCUGGUCCCUUCGUCUCCCCCUUUCAGCUUCUCCCUACCCUUCCAGUUCUCCUCCUCCUCAGAACCUCCGCCCUCCUCCGCGCCCCCCCCUCCCUCAUCCUCUCCCCCAUCCCUCACUCCCUCUCUCCCCUCUACCCCCUCUUUCUGCCCUUCUCCUCCCUCUCUGCCAAGCUCCUCCGCUCCCUUGCCGCCAGACUCCCCCUCUUCCUCCUCCCCUCCCUCUCCCGCACCCCUUUCACGCACAUCUCCACCACCCGUGCCCAGUCCCUCGCCCUCACCAUCCUCCCCUUCCUCCUCCUCUUCUCCGGUCUCUGCUUCCUCGUCCCCCUCCCAACGCUGCCUAUUCGCAGGCCAGCAGCAGCCGUGGUUGCAAGUGUGCCUCGUCACCGGCGUCUUCGGCCCCUGCACUUGCACUCCCGGCGAUCCAAGCAGGCAGGCAGACCCAGACGCACCUGCAGCCCCACCAGCCCCACCAGCUCAAAGCUCCAACAUCUCUUCACCAGACCUGACCGCUGCUACUGCUGCUGGCGCACCGGGCACCAGUCCUUCUCCCCGUUCCCCAAACCCCCCUCCCCGGUCUUCUCCGUCCUCCUCUGCGAGACCACUUUAUUGUGCUCUCCUCGUCUUUCCUCCUUCUCCCCUCCUCUCCCUCCUCUCUCCUCAUCUCCCCUUCUCCCCUCUUCUCCCCAUUCUCCCCUCCCACAAUCCAUCCCCACCCCCUCAGCCAAUGAAUGCGCAACAGCUUGCCAUCACAGGGGCAGCAGUGGGUGGUGUACCAGCGAUAGCCCCACCCCCUCAGUUAAUGAACGCGCAACAGCUGGCCAUCACAGGGGCGGCGGUGGGGGGCGUGCUAGCGAUAGGGCUCAUACUGCUGCUGCUCUUCGCUGCAGUGGGCUGCUGCGGGGAUGUGUGUGGGGGCUUGUGCGGCGGGCUCUGUGGGGGCCGGCGUGGGGAGAGAAAGGGAGGGGACGAGGAGAGUGUGUGGGUGGGUGAGUGGGGAAAGGGAAGGGGGCCUUGGCACGUGAAGAAACAAGAGAAGCAAGAGCGUUCUGAGGAGGAGGUGGAGCAGGCUGGGGGGAGAGCGCAGUUGGGGACGGGUCACCGGCAGAGCAUCCCGGCACACGAGCAAACUUCUGAGUCGACUCAAAAGUCACCUCAUCACCGGCAGUUCAUCCCGUCACACGAGCAGAGGCACCGGGAGCAGCAGCAGCCAAUUCCUCCCCUUCAACCGCACAUGCCGCCCCUUGAGGAGCACAUGCUGCCGUUUCAGCAGCCGAUGCCACCCCUUCAGCAGCAUGCUAGGCUGAAGAAAGCACAACAGCACCAGGAGCAGCAGCAGCAACAGCAGCAGAAGCAGCAGCAACAGCAACAACAUCGUAACCAGAGCAGAGAGGAGAGGAGGAGGCAAGCAGUAACAGAGCAGCAUAGAGCAGUGGAGGACGUUCUUGCUAGCAGCGUGAGCACAGCGAUGCGCUUGGCUGAACAGAUAAGCUCAGGUGUGGGCAGCGGCAUGAGCAUGGAUAAGAGGAGGCAGCCGGUUGCAGAGCAACACAGAGCAGUGGAGAACCAGCGUGAGGAGGCUCUUGCUAGCGGCGUGAGCACAGCGAUGGGCUUGACCGAACAGAUGAGCUCAGGCGUGGCAAGGGGCACGGGCAUGGACAUGGGCAUGCGUGAUGCAGCGAGUGCAGUGCUUCCAUCCGUUGAGGAGCACAUGGGAUGGCUGGCAGCACAGGCUAGCUUGCAGAAGCAGCAAUUUCAGCAACAGCGGCAGCAGCAGAAACAGCAACAACAGCAGCAGCAGCGGCAGCAGGAGCAGCAGCAGCAGCAGCUGCGGCAGCAGCAGCAGGAGCAGCAGCAACAACAUCAACAUCAGCAGCAGCAGCAGCAGCAGCAGAGAGGCAUUGCAGAGCAGCAUGGGACAGGGAUCAAUCACGGGCAUCAAUACAGCCAACAGAAGCACCCCUCCUUGGGCCCCUUGCCACGUGCUGAUGAGCUACCUGCAGCCAUGGGAAGCGGCCAGGUCCAGCCACGGGGCACGGCGGAGCUAAGUGGUGCGGCCGAGGCAACGAGAGAGGGCGGGUCAUCGUUUGCUGAUACCGAGCAGACGAGGAAGAAGCAGCGAGGCAUGCACGCUGAGGCGGUGGACGGGGGUGGGUUAGGUGCGCAGUCAGCAGCAGUCACAGCUGCUGCCGUUACUACUGCCAUGCUGCCAUCCAGGGAGACUGUGGAUGUGGAGCGAGUGGUGAUCGGGCAGGUAAGCUGGGGAUGGGAGAAACCGGGCUAUUCUCCAUUUUUCAUCCGUCCCCAUCUCAUGUGUACUCCCAACCCCCCUUUCAUCUCCCCACUCUCCCUCUCCCUCCGCGUGCCCCUCCUCCUCCUGGCUUUCCCCCUGUCCCAGCUCUCCCCUGCCCUAAUCUCACAGCACAUACGUCUGUCCUCCCACCUCUCCGACUCUUGCGACCUCUCCCUGGCCCACAUCUCACAGCACAUGCAACUGCUCUCCCACCUCUCCCACCCACACAUCGUCGACACUCUGGGCUACAAGCUGCUGGCCGGCAACGUUUGUCUUGUAGCGACAGCCCACAUGUCGCAGGGGACCCUGCUCCAGUGGCUCAAAGCCUCCUCCCCCCCUCUACUGGACUGGCCUGCAAGGGUACAGGUGGCACGGUCGGUAGCCCGAGCUCUCACAUUCGCCCACUCGUGCGAUCCCCCGCUGCCACAUGGCGCGCUCUCCUCUCGCCACGUGUUGUUUGGGGCGGACCUCAAGCCACGUGUCGGUGGCUUCGCUGCUGCCAGGCUGAGAAGACUGGGGCACCGCAGGGAGUUUCGCGGAGAUUCUUCUGAUGACGUGGCUCCUGACAUGGCAGCUGAGGUGGUGGAGUGCAUAGCAUCGGACAUCCAUAGUUUCGGUCUCAUUCUCCUCCAUCUCCUCACCGGCCAUGACCCCUUUCUCUCAUCUCCAUCAAAUUCAUCAUCACCUUCCGCCUCGUCCUCUGCUGCCCUUGCGUCCGAUGCCCAGCGGUUGCUGGCUGAGGUGAGUAAUGAGAGGUGGGGUGCAUGA